AUGCAGAAAGCUCGACCUCCCCCUCCUCCCCCCAAGCCCAAGUCCCUCUCAUCCAACGUCGUUCCGCCGGCGACCGUGUCCAAGGUCAAUCAUCCCCACCGCCGCAAGCGUGGCCUUGGAUGGCCCUGGGACCAGCCCAGCACGCACUUCGCGCUGUACCAGCCGCACGCCACGUCCGGCAAGAUCUCGUGGAUCUUCAACUGGGAGUGCUGGAUCCCGGACGGCGUGCCUCCGGGGGUGGAAUGGGUUCCCUGCGUGCGCACCGCCGCCAACGCCCGCGACCAGCUCGACCCGUUCUUGACCGACAUCAUCCAGAACCGGGGCAUCCAGGUCUCGGCGCUGCUGGGCUUCAACGAGCCAGAGAUUCCCGACCAGGCCAACCUCCCCGCCCACGAGGCGGCCAAGCUUUGGACGGAGGUGGUCGUGCCGGCGAAGCGGAAAUUCCGUCUUCGCCUGGGCAGUCCGGGGAUGAGCAGCGACGUGUCGCGGAGCAAGCCGUGGCUGAACUCGUUCCUCUCCAUCCUGGCCGGGGCCCAUGAGAUGGAUUUCCUCGUGGUGCACUGGUACGGCCCGCACUUCGCGGACAUGCGGGCCUUCUUGGAGGACAUGCACGCCACGUACGGCCUGCCGCUGUGGGUCAACGAGUUUGCCUGCUCGACGAUGGGCAACGGGGAGGCGGCCAGCGUCGACGAGGUGGAGGCGUUCAUCAAGGAGGCGGUGCCGUGGCUGGACGCCUGCGACUGGGUCGAGAGGUAUGCGUACUUUGGGAACAAGAACGUCGGCGUCUGGGUGGGACGAGCGAACAAUUUCACCGAAGAAGAUGAAGAUGAAGAAGCAGGAGACGGAGCCAAGGAGACAGAUGGACGACCACGACCACGGUUGACGAGAGUGUCGAGACUCUAUUGCGAGCUUUGA